UGGCAUGACCAAGGUAGGGGGGCGGCGACCGCGCAUCCCUCACCUGGCUGUCUCCAGCCCUUCCGGCAGGCCACCGGCUGCGACUAGGUACUUCCUGGACUCUACCUCGGAAACUUCAUUGGUGAGCACUGCCCACUCUGUCCCAAGCCUGAGUCCACCAUCAUACUCUGGCCCACACACCAGAGACAGGAAUGGGGCUAGAGAUGCCAAAGACCCGGAUCAGCUGGGCCGGAAUAAGAUCACACACAUCAUCUCUAUUCAUGAGUCACCCCAGCCUCUUCUGCAGGAUAUCACCUACCUUCGCAUCCCGGUGGCUGACACCCCCGAAGUACCCAUGCAUCUCCCGCAGUACCACCAUUGUGACAGCAUAUGUGAUGACGGUGACGGGGCUGGGCUGGAGGGAAGUGCUUGAAGCCAUCAAGGCCACCCGGCCCAUCGCCAACCCCAACCCAGGCUUCAGGCAGCAGCUGGAGGAGUUUGGCUGGGGAAACUCCCGGAAGCUCCGCCGGCAGCUGGAGGAGCGCUUCGGGGAGAGCCCGUUCCGCGACGAGGAGGACGUACGCGCGCUGCUGCCGCUGUGCAAGCGCUGCCGCCAGGGCUCUGCCGCCUCGGCCGCCUCGGCCGCCCCGACCCCGCCGCACUCGUCAGCCUCGGAGGGGACCCUGCAGCGCCUGGUGCCGCGCACGACGCGGGACGCCCACCGGUCGCUGCCGCUGCUGGCGCGCGUCAAGCAGACUUUCUCUUGCCUCCCGCGGUGUCUGUCCCGCAAGGGCGGCAAGUGAGGACCCCUCCCCAAGCGGCUCCCCUCGGCCUCCCGCUCCGCCCCUUCGGGGGCUGUCUGGGCCCCCCACCGUCAGGACGGGCCCAGAGGCUGUGGGAGCCCCGCAGAGGCCCGAUCCCUGCCCCCACGCCCACCUCGCUUGUCUGCGUCCGUCUGCGGUCAGUGUGUCCUCCCUCUGUGCGUCUGUGUCCGGGCCGGCCAGCUGCAGCCACCUGGUGCCUUAGUCCUUGGGCUGGGGGAGGGGCCCCGCUUUCCACCCGUAGUGGCGGCGGGAGCGGGAAGUGGGUAGGGUAGGGGUGGACGGGGCUGGAGGGAUAUUAAAGAGACACGAAAGCUGCCUGACCCCGUGCCUGUCGUUCAACAAAGGCCAGACCCUGUUGUCUGCGGAAAACAGGGCCAGGUGAGCUGGAUCCUGGGACCGCGAACUCCUGACACAGCCCCUCCUCUCUCCCAGAGCCCUGAUCUCCCUCCUGAGAGGCUCCGAAGUACUUCCUUCCAUCUCUCGAAGCCCCCACCUCUUCUCCAUACAGGGACUGGCCAGUAAGGUCCAGUAGCGCUUCCCCAACACCUGACCUCUCAUUGCUUAAGUUUACUUUAUUCUAGGGGAAGAUGUAAGCCUCAGAAAGGUCAGGCAGCUUGCUCAGGAACACACAGCUAGAACUGGGAAGCCUAAAUCUCAUGACAGUUGGUAGGAAGUAGCUCCUGAUUUGGGAGGUUACUGGUGGGGAGAACCCACCUCCAGCUAGUGGGAAUCAUCCUUCCCAGCUAGAGUUUAAAAGCAAGAGCUGGGACUGACCCCAAGAAUGAAUGAAUAGAGGUCAUCAGAGCUGAGGAGUUUGAAGUAGCAAUAACCCAACAGCCACUGCUAUGGGCUUCUAACUUUGUACCAAGCCCUGGGUGUAGGGGGCCUGAAUGAAAUGACCUUCCUGUCAUCCCAAUCUUCUAUUUCUCCUACAUUUACCAAAUGUUCAUUGAGCACCUACUGUAUGUCAGGCACUGUGUUGGGCACUGGAUUUACAGCAGUGGGUAAGACCUCUGCCCUCACCUUGCUGACAUUCUAGUGAGAUACCAGGUAAGAAAAAGGAAACAUACCAGGUGGUGAGGAAGUGGACCAUUUUGCUACUAGGGAGUGUAGGGAGCCUGUGUCUUCUUGGAUAAUUUAUGGUACCACCCUCCAACUGGUUUAAAACACUCAGAUGGUGUCUUCCCCUAUUUAAAAAACCACAGGCCCCAUCACCUGGAGGACAACAAAGCCCCCUGAUCGGGUGUUCUGUGUCCUUCAACAUGCUCCCUCCCCUCUUCCAGCACUCUUCCACCGCCUUGGACUCACAGCACACCACUCAUUUGUGUUUGUGCUCACUCGGGCUGUAUGCUAAACUUUCUACCUGCAUCUCAGGCUAUUCAACAGUUGAGGAAACUGAGGCUGGCGCCCAAGGUCAUCAGGUAGCAGGUGGUGGGGAAGUCUGGCUGUAGACCCCACCCUCUAGAUACCACCCUCUGCAACCUAGAAAAAUGAAGGGAUGGUCCAAUACACUGAGGACUUCUGCUUAGUUGUACAGCCUGCCUCAGACUCUGAAAAUUUAACCAAACUUGGGCAAAAAAGUGUCUGAAAAAAAAAUCACAUCUGUAUUCAACAUA